ACCACACCCGAGCCACCCACCCGGAACACUUGGCACAGUGAGGCCAUGGCCGCCACCAUGCUCUCGACCUCGGUCGCCUUCUUCCUCGCGCUCAGCCUCCUCUUCCUCACUCUCACCAACGUCCGUGGCUUGUGCCCUAUGCCUAGGCCGCCACCGAUCCGGAGGCCGCCACCGAUCCCGAGGCCGCCACCGAUCGUGAGGCCGCCACCGCCCAGUGUUAAAUGCCCCGUCGACACCCUCAAGUUUGCCGCCUGCGCCAACGUGCUCAGCGGCUUGAUCAACUUCGAGAUCGGCACGCCGCCGAAGGAGCCCUGCUGCAGUCUACUGGGAGGGCUCGCCGACGCCGAGGCCGCCCUCUGCCUGUGCACCGCCCUCAAGGCCAACGUCCUCGGCCUCAACCUUAACAUACCCAUCAGCCUCAGCCUGCUCGUGAACUACUGUGGCAAUGGCGUGCCCGCCGGCUUCCAGUGCCCCUAGAAACGUCUCUCAGUCUUCCUGUCAAGUGAAUCUUCGUAAGCAUUUCUUGUUGCCGUAUCUGUUCCUAACCAUCUACUCUGGUGUAGCUUUCUUUGUUCUCUUUGCAUGUUAUCCCAGCAAGCAUGUCGCUUGUGAUGCAUGCGGACUGUGACUCGUGCUUGGUGUGGUAGUGUAUUCGUGUUCAAGUGAACGCUCAAGUGUAAUAAGACUUGUGCUUCGUUUCAUGAA